AUGACUUACGUCUACAAUUCGCAGCUGGAUGCGUUCACUCUAUACCACAUUGUACAGGAAGAGUCGUCACCCCAAGAGAGUGGCAUUGGCCCUGCUCUACCAGCUCUAGGACACGCAGUAUCAGGAGCAGCCGGAACCGCAAUCUCGAAGCUCAUCACCUAUCCGCUCGACCUCGUCAUCACUCGACUUCAAGUUCAGAAGCAAUUCCAGACAGAGGACCAUAAGGAGGCGAACUACAAGAAUUUCCAGGAUGCAGUUGAGAAGAUAUAUGAUGCGGAAGGAGGCAUAAAGGCGUUCUAUACGGGUGUUGUGCCGGAAACGCUGAAAAGCGUCACCGACAGCUUCUUGUUCUUUUUGGCAUAUACGUACGCCAGACAAAGAAGACUAAACUCGCAAGGGACGCGCAGUCUCUCCGCGCUGGAUGAGAUUGGUGUUGGGGUCGUCGCGGGAGCAUUCUCAAAGUUCUGGACAACACCCCUCCAGAAUAUCGUUACUAGAAAGCAAACUGCUGCGAUGGUCGCAGCGCGUGACCCCUCGGCCACAGCAUCGCCAAAUCUCAGUCUGAAAGAUAUAGCACUACAAAUUCGAGAAGAGAAGGGAUUGCAGGGCUUCUGGUCUGGGUAUUCGGCCAGUUUGGUGCUGACUCUCAAUCCGUCAAUAACUUUCCUGCUCCACAAGGUGCUUCUCAGACUUCUGGUACCUCGAGAUCGCCGACAGGAUCCAGGCGCGCGAAUCACCUUUCUCCUUGCCGCCAUUAGUAAAGCUCUUGCUUCCACAGUCACAUAUCCCUUCUCACUCGCGAAGGCACGGGCUCAGGUGUCCUCGCAAAAGCCGGCUCAACCUACCGGGCCUACCUCCGAGACCGAGAAGCCAGCGGCCGCACUCGACCCGUUGACAGUGAAAGCCAGGCAGCGCACCGUUUUCAGCACCAUUCUGCGCAUCGCAAAGACGGAGGGAAUAUGGGCGCUGUAUCAGGGCCUUGGCGCAGAGGUAGUCAAGGGCUUCUUUUCUCACGGAAUCACUAUGCUAAUGAAAGAUCGCAUCCACGCCGCGAUCAUCAACAUCUACUACCUAAUCCUGAAGUCGAUGAAGAAAUACCCCAGCCCCGAAGAAUUGGCCAAACAGGCAUCAACACAGGCCCAAGACGCGUAUGAGCAAGGCAAAGAACAGGCUGGCGAGGCCUACUCGAGGAGCGUCGAGGCCGCAGGCAGUGCAGCAACCAAGGCGCAGGAUGUUUUGGCAAGCGCUGCCACGCAGACCAAAGAUGCACUUGACAAGACAGCGAAAAGUGUGGCGGAAGAGAGUUCCAAGGUUAUCAAAACAUCAAAAGCGUAA